AUUCAAAUACUUACUUUGCCACAUUACUAUAAUUCUAUUUUGACUAAUUGUUCUUGUGUGGUAAAAUUUUUUAAAAAUGAUCGAACACAACUGUAUUUUUUUGUCAUUAUAUUUCAUACUAUCAGUCAAUAUUGUGAUGAUUGAAUCAACAAACAAAGUUUCGCCGUCAUAUUACGUCUGUCAAACAUUCUCUUAUCCAUUCUAUAAUACAGUGAAUAUUUUAAAAACCUACAGCCAGCAAGAAAUAAAGUUUAGUGAUAAUGAACGUACAGUUCUGACAUCUCCUGUUCAAAAUUACAACGAUACCAAAGGUCGCCAUAAGGUGUUUGAUAAAUUUGACAAGAAAAUCGAAGACAUUAAAUGUACUUGCACUUUAAUUGUGAAAACAAAACUGGUGUAUUUAUCGAACAUUCUGGAAGGGUUGCAAAGAGGCGGGCCUAUUGAUGUUGCACGGGAUGAACUAAAAGUACUAAAAGAAGAAGCGGGUUUUAUGGUACUGUUAUUUCAAAAAGGCAAAGUCAAAGCGGGUAAAUGGUUUUGGAGUUUUUUUUUAAAAAUCCUGGCGAUCAUUGAAUACGAAAGCAACAGCAGUUUUUUUGAGGGUACCACUUUCGACCAAGCCGAAUUACAAAGCGGUAUUACAAAUUUUAUACAAUACUGCAAAAAUAACAAAUACCUUCCCAAUAAUAUAGCAGAGUACGAUUUGAUGUCGAACAAUUUAAAUGUACCAAAUAACAUAUUUCAAGAACUUCGCGCGUCUAGAAUUAUUGCACUUGAUUAUGUUAAUAUCAUGCAAUACAUAUCGAUCGACUAUUUGUAUCUAAAACCAUUAUGGGAUGAACACGAGUUACUGUUUGGGGAAAUAACAGGCUCAGACGUAGAAUGGAGGCCAACGAUAAGAAGGCACGCAGUCGAAGUGAAUAAAACCAAGGAAUACAUUAACAAUCGCCAAUGGAUAUCGCAACCUUUCGGACACCUUAGUUACCACAUGUUGAUUAAACAAAUUAUCAGUGUAAGGAUGUACAUCUUUCUGUGGGUUAUGUUGGUAAUAUUUAAUAAAGAAAUGUCUAAAAUGGGUCAAUUUCAACAAAACAUUUUGUUUGCGGAGGCUAUGGACACAAUUUAUAUGGUACAAAGGUUUAUGCUCUAUACGGAAACUUUUUUUUUUGAUGUAGUAGCAGAGGUUCGUAGUGCAAUAAAUGAACACCAUAACAACUUUGAUAGCGUUAUUGCUAGAUUACCGGUAAGAGUCAAAGAAAUUUUAGUGGAGUUAAAUGGAUGUACUUCAAAUGGGCGCGAUUGGAUCAGUGUUGACAUAAACGAAGAGUUUACCGAUGGUAUGAUAAUGUCAUUUCUCCAAGAAUUUGGCAAAAACUUUAAUUUGUUAAAAGAAAAGUUAACGAUUUUAAACUAUGAUCUUGCAUUAAGCAUUCUAGUCGAAGGAAAUUGAUGAUCAUUGAUGAUGGGGAUAAUGACCAAAUCAUUUAUUUAGCAUUACACUCAAAUCAUUUUUGGUCAUUAAUUUUAUUUAUACUAGAUGCACUCUCUAAAUCUCUUUCACGUCUUUUAUUAUUUAAAUUAUUUCCGUUUUUACAAUACCAUGUCAAUUAGGGUGGUCUAUUUUUAUAUUUUGUUCUGUUUUUCUCUUGACAUUAUGUUCCUUAAGGUAAAAAGUGUUUCCCUAUUUUUUCAGUUUUUUAAAAUUAUUUUUAGAGGCGGCGAGCAUCAAUUUAAAAAAAAUCUGUUACAUAAUUUUUAAUUUAAUUUUUUUUAAAGUAGAAAUAUUAAUUAUAAACAAGUGUUGUUUGUAUGAAAAAAUUAUCAGUAGAAAAAGAGGAAUAAAGAAAAUAUUGAUAAAUGUGAGCAUACAUAUAUCGGAUGCUAUAGCCACCGACGAAUGAAUUUUUGAAAUAUUAUUUAGUAUAUAAAUCCGCUGGGCAAUGAUAAUGCCAAAAAAAAUUUUGAUUUUUUUUUUUUAAUGUUUUUUGAUUUAUUGUAGUAAUAAUGUUCUAUGUAAGUGUAUCACAAUUCUUUGCAAUUAAAUGAAGAAUAAGUUUAAAAUAUUUUUAACCCUUAAAAAAAAAUAUUGUAGGGUACUAUUACGGUUUAAUUUAUCAAUUUUACAUUCUAAGGCUUAAAUUAGUUCAACAAAAAAAAAUAAAAACUAGUUUAUUCGUCUUUUUCUUUUGAUGGUUUUUAUACCAAUAACAUCUGUUUAAAAUUAAAUCUUUUACCUUAAAUAAAUUAAAAACUAUGGAACAAAAAUGUUUUUUUUUGGAAAAAAUAAUCCUGGCUGCUUCUUAAAAAAAUUUACAAAAUCUGAAAAAAUUGGGAAGUAUUUAUUUAUCCUAAGGAACAUAAUGUCAAGAAAAGAAGAGAAAAAAAAUAACAAUUGUUUGGUCCACCCUAAUUUGUAUAAUCGAUUAUACACAAUUAAAUUACAAUAUUGUUUUUUAAAUGUAUUUGUUAGUAGUAAAAAAUUAACGAAGUUAAGGAAAAUGGCCAAAUCAUGUAUCUAUUUUUUCACAAAUCACGUACUGCAGUUAUACGUAGUAUUGUACUUUUUUUUCAAUUAUGUAUUCAAAAUAAAAAUGUUAUUAUGUAUUGCACACAUUUAAGGUAUUAAUUUUAUAUAUUAUUAUAUUACAGGGUGGUCGUUUUAUCGAGAUUCACUCAAUAUCUUAUAGGGUAUAAUAAGGAAUUAAAAUUUUUCAUUGCAUAAUAUUUUCAAACAAUGUAAACUCAAUUGUUCACAACUUAGUUCACAACAUUGUUUUUACCUCCCUCUCAGCUUAGUUUUUUUUAUAGCGACUUUUGUAACUUAAAUAGUAAGGCAUACAUUUUAAUAAAUUUUUAAGAUAAGAAUAAUGUCUUAAAGAUUUGACUGGUCGAUAACCAGUUUUGGAUUUUUGAAGUUAUCAGAGUUUUAAGUUUAGGGCAGAAAUGUAAAUUAUUUUUAUUUGCACGCACUUCCCAAAAGCACAUCCUCUUCUACCUUAACUUUCAAAAAUCUUAUAACUUCUUAUAAAUAGUUGUUCAAACUG